UUUUGGUUGAGGAAACUCUGACGAUAAAUGCUUAAAAAAUUGUAGUAUUGAAUAAAAUAAAAAAGCAAUAACAUAUAACUAAUAAUAAAAUUGUGAGAAGCUUUAAAGUAAAUGCGGCAACACUAAUGGUGAAAAAAUAACGUACCUUAAACGCUAGCUUCCUUCAAAGGCAAACAGUUUUAUGUGUUUCGAAAAACAGUACUAGACAAGUAAGCAAAAGCAAAGUGAUAAAAGAGAAAUCAGCACAUAUUUAAGGUGAAAGUGUAGAUACACAAGUGAACAGUAAGCACUGAACGGUGAACGGUGACGGUCGCAGGUGUACAUGCGGACACUAUUUUACUGAUUAUAUAGAUAAAGUCGUGAGGUUACUAUGCUAUAUGCGAACCUUAGCGUCAUUGUAUUUAGAUGGUAAUCAAAAGUAAAAUAAAAUAAAUUAAUUAAAACUAAUACAAGUUAGUGCCGUAUUCUUCCUCGCAAGUUCAACUAAAUCAUAGAAGCAAACACACAUGUGGUGUACUAUAAAAUAUAUAUUAUACCAACACAUAUAAACAAACAAAAUACACACAAGUAACAAGUGUAUAAAACGUGUUACCCAAAAGCAACAAUUUCGUAGUGCUUCCUCAUCAAACAAUAGCUCUAAGCUAACUGACUCGCUUCACAAAAUAUGGCUGAAGUCAUUGAACUGAAUGUUGGUGGCGUACAUUACACCACCGUGUUGGACACAUUACUUCAGGAGAAGUCCUCACAUCUAUACGAACUCUUUAGUAAUAAAGAUGCGCUAGUGGAGGACAAGAAAGGGCGCUAUUUUCUCGACCGUGACGGCGUGCUCUUUCGCUAUAUAUUAGACUACUUACGCGACAAGCAGCUAAGCCUGCCUGAGGGCUUCCGCGAGCAACAGCGCCUGCAGCGUGAAGCGGAACACUUCAAAUUAACCGGCAUGCUGGAGUGCUUGCGUAGCGGCAGCGAUAUGCGUCCACCUGGUUGCAUUACCAUCGGCUAUCGUGGCAGCUUCCAAUUUGGCAAAGAUGGUCUGGCCGAUGUGAAAUUUCGCAAACUAUCGCGCAUUCUGGUAUGCGGGCGUGUUGCAUUAUGUCGUGAAAUCUUCGGCGAUACAUUAAAUGAGUCACGCGAUCCCGAUCACGGUGGCCCAGAUCGUUACACAUCAAGAUUUUUCUUGAAACACUGUUUUAUUGAGCAAGCCUUUGAUAUGUUGCAUGAACGUGGGUUCCGCAUGGCAGGCAGUUGUGGUUCGGGCACAGCGGGCUCAGUGGCGGAACCCAAGCCGGGCGUGGAUACGGAGGAGAAUCGAUGGAAUCACUAUAAUGAAUUUGUCUUUGUGCGAGAAUAAGCGAACGAUGGCAGAUGGAGACUGGCAGAUGGGCAAUCAGGCGGAUAGGGAAUAAGCAACAGUCGUUGUUUCUUUUUUCUUUUAUAUUUACCAUGCAAGGGCGUGGUAUCCUAGGCAACAAGUUAGUACUGGACAACUUGGGCUUACUUGUAAUUACUACGCCACACGAGUCCAUACCAAAUGCUGUGCAUAAGAAGUGGAAAAUGCAAAAUAAGACGGCUGCGAAAAAAACAAAGAAAAAAUUUUAAUAAAUUGGACGGGCUGCCGACUUUUUUUAACCUAACAACACUUCUCAAAUUCAACACAACUAACUUACAACACAUGUAGAUUACCAUGUGAGUGCAAGGAAUUUUAUGCCUAAUGAGAAGAGAUGCCCGUGAGCCCUUGGCAGUAAUACGAGUGUAGUUUGCAUUUAUUUUUAUUUUUUAUUACCCUCCUUUCUAAACGUGCAAGUGCCGGUGUUAAAUAUCACUUAGCCUGCGGCAACUUUCUACCACCCUUAAAGGCCUCAAAAGGUCAGAGCAUCUAUAUUGCCACGCAGAAACAAGAAAUAAAAUGAAUGGUCAAGAAGAAACGUAUUUCACGAAUGCUUAAGUAGCUAGGCAUGCAUACCACAGUGUUGAUUCCAUUCCUUUAUGUGAAAUUUGCGAAAUUAAAAUAUAGAACUGUGUGUGUGCUGAGUAAAGUUGGAUAACACACACACACAUAUGUGUGUAUAUGUGUAACUCUAAGUACACUUUAAUGCAUUCAUUUUAAGUAGCAAAGUGUUUGUGGCAAUUAAAAUAAAAAAUAAGAGAUACGUGUUAGCACAAAAGCAGCAUACUAUAUUACAUAUACAUGUACGAAAAUCUAGCUGAACGCUCCGUUAGAUAAUUAACUGGCAGGCUCUACGUAGGUCUAAGUGCGUAAUGUGGAAAACUGACGUCUGAAUACCACAUUUAUAUUUAUCCGACGAUUUGCUAGUUAAAAUUAAUUAAAACAAGAUUAACAUAAUCUUACGGUGCAUAAAUUUUCUUUUUAGUUAUUAAAAAUGCAAUACAUGCAAUCUAUGUAUACUGAAAUAGUAUCAGAAAAAUACUACGACUAUGGAGUAUCGCUUAGGAAAAAGUCCUUUCAACUACAAUAUUUUAAAAUAUUCACGAUAUUCAGGCCCGACCCAAUAUAUCUGCAGCAUACGGCAAACGAUAGCAUACCUACGUUUUGGCCGUCUUUGGUUUUUUUCUUUUUUGUUUGUGAAAGCUCGUUAUUUCUGAAUAACGUUCAAACCAUAUAACUCCGAUUUUCGUAUUUAAUAUAAAAAUCUACAAAUUCCGCAAACUUUCCAUACCAUUUACCCGGUUAUUAGUUAACGUUUCUGGAAUUUUUUGUGGUAUGUACUUAUA